AUGCCGUUGGAAAUCGUGACAUCCCCGCUGCGAUCCUGGGAGAACGGCAUCGCCAUACUUAGUGGCAGGUCAGCUACGAGGCCUCUCGCAUGGCCUGAACCCGAGCUAUCUAUCGGCCGCUGCAUAGGAAAGGUCGGCAGGGAGAUAUGCUGGGUGGCCAAAGGCCCGGCGAGAGACGCAUUCGCGGCGCUGGCUCCAAAGAUUAAAGCCUACCUCGAGAGGUCGGUCGAACCAGUAUCGAGCUGGGUUACAUGGUCUAUCUAUAUGUUUGGUAAGUCGGAAAGCAGUGCCAGCCCAGCUAUCCUGUUUUGCUGCGAAGUCGUUGCGCAUCGAAAACAGGUGAGGAAUGCAAUUAAAGACAGCGGCAUUCUUGAUGAGUUUCCCGGUGUUAAGACGGCACAUAUGCCUCGACCGCCAGACUUCAAUCAGCUCGUUCAGUUGGCAGACGAUGGCACGAGGUUGUCAUCUGAUCAGAGGCCUGUUCUCGCGUCUCUUGAGAACAACCCGUGCGGGAUGCCGUUGUUCGUUGAAGCAAGCAUAGGCGAUGGAACUUGUUACAAACAAGCCACUGUCGGUGGCAUCAUCCAGCUGUUGGAUAAGUUCUACUACACCACAGCAGGUCAUGUGCUCAGCCCUGACACGGACGCGAGCUACGCUGAGGGCGGAGUCGGCGAUGACGAAUUUGAGAUUGACGACGACGAUGAUGAUGAGGUGAGCGAAGUGGACGGAGUGGCAUCAACGGAUUAUGAGAAAACGUGGCUGGCACAAGCCAGCGACGCCGCCAUGAGCCCGCCGUACGCAAGUUCGACUGAGAGCAAGAUGCUCCAGUCGCUAUUCUCGCCGAUCAUACAAGAUAUGCAAGUAACACAGGAGGAGUCGAAGUGCAGUCGGUUUCACGAAAAAGGACCUUCACUGAGCACUUCCCUGCCUCCACAGCAUCUGGGCCACGUCUAUCUGUCCUCCCUCCACGAACCACCGUCUGGUCUUGACUACGCCCUGAUCGAGGUGACGAGGCCCCUUCACUGCUUGCCGAACAAAAUCCCCCUUUCCUCCUUUCCCGCAAAGGGCGAGGCUGAGAUCCAAAGCGUCGUCACAGACGGCCCCAAGGAUGUCAAGAUCCUGAGCUGCACCUCGAGAGGAACACUUACAGGAGUCAUGUCAGGCACUCCCCUGUACGCCCGACUCCCCAACAGCAGUCUGUACCAGGAGGUAUAUAACGUCCUCUUGGACUCGCGGUUAGAGGCUGGGGACUGUGGCUCCUGGAUCAUUGAUGCCGAGUCUGGGAACUUAUAUGGACACAUUGUGGCUGGGUCCCCGGAUUCGGGUGCUGCAAUUGUGAUACCUUUUUCACGCGUAUUCGAAGACAUAGAAGCGCGAGUAAAGCAUUCCCCUCAUCUGCCCCUCACUGGAGCCGCAUCGCUUUACAAAUUUGAUAGAAAGCUAGAUUUUGCUACGCUUCUGCAGGACACAAAGUCCGUCACGGCAUCCUCUUCUACAUCGCCAUCGGGGCACGACCAAGACUGGAUCCGGGAAUUGGGAAGUCGAUUUAAGAACCAGUGGCGGAUCAAGCUAUUAGAUGAACUAAAGCUAUCACGGACUGGCUGUCGCCAAGGUACUAUUGAACAAGCGGUUUCGUCUACUGAGGAUGAAUCAACCCCGCCCUACAGUCCGCCCAGAGAGGAAGAGUUGGUUCGGCACUGCACUGCAACUGACAAUGGAAAAGCAUUGCUGCUGCCGCCCCAAAACCGGAGACUAUUGCGGACACCACUGUUUCCUCAGCCUCCGAAUGUAAACGACCAGAAGUCCAGAAAGUUCCGUGAACUUCUGAUGUCCCUCUCCUUGACCCCGAUGAAGUACGAAAACCCAGGAUUACUUUACGAGGCUCUGACCAACAUCCCGCUAGAGAGACUCUACAAGGAAGCUGAAGAAGAGAGCAUGAUAUUCCAGGCCCAAGCAGAAUCAUGUGGCGAUGGACGGCAGCCGGAGUGGGGGUAUAGCGACUGUAUCAUCCGAGCAAUGUUGCAAUGGUUCAAACGCUCGUUCUUCACUUGGGUGAACAAUCCACCAUGUCCGACAUGUUCCUCCCAAACGACUUCUAGAGGGAACACUGUGCCAAGCUCCGAGGAGUCAGCUUGCGGGGCUUUUCGUGUCGAGCUCUAUCAAUGCCAAAAGGAAGACUGCCGAGCAUACGAGCGAUUCCCCCGAUAUUCAGACGUUUGGAAACUACUCCAGACCAGAAGAGGGCGAGUUGGUGAGUGGGUGAACUGCUUUACGAUGCUUUGCCGGGCCAUGGGCGCCAGGGCACGGUGGGUAUGGAACAGCGAAGACCACGUUUGGACCGAGGUGUACUCGGAACACAGGAAGAGAUGGGUUCACGUUGACCCAUGCGAGGAAGGUUUUGAUAAUCCACGACUAUACAGCGAAGGCAAGUCAUUACCCGCCCUCUCAAGGCACAGCACUGACGUUUCGUACUUAGCCUGGGGCAAGAAAAUGUCGUAUGUUAUAGCCUUCUCUACUGAAGGCGCUACAGAUGUAACGCGACGAUAUGUCCGCAAGCUGGAGCAUGCGGCAGAGCGAGACCGUUGUCCAGAAGCCGUCCUGCUGUACGUCAUGAAUGAAAUAAAAACCCUCCGCCGCCAAGACAUGAGUAAGGAGGAGAAAGUCCGACUGGAAGAGGAGGACAGAUGCGAACAGCGGGAACUCAACGCCUAUGUUGUUUCAAGUGUUACCAACGACUUCAUGGCCACGGGAUUGGCUAAUGAUGAGGAUUCGUCACAAUCGCUCAAGUUGCCGGGACAAACGGCGAAGCACAGUCCUAAGCAGAGGAGUGGAAGAGUGGAAGAGGGACCUUUGGUUAUCCCUUAG